AUGUCUCAUCCAACAUCAUCAGCAUUUCAUCCAUCUCAUGAAGGAGAUCAUCAUACGCAUACAUAUAUUCCAAGAAGAGAACGAACACUUUCACAAUGCGAACGUACAUUACAAAGUCCAAGUUAUGAAGGUGUAAUUCACGAAUUUUGUCGUGAAAAAGGUUAUGGUCAUAUUCAACCAAAAGAUAAUCCAAAUGAACUUAUAUUUGUUCAUGUUUCUGAUAUUGAUGAUGAUUAUGUUCCAAAAAAAGGUGAUAUUGUAUCAUAUAAAAAAAUGUUAAUGCCACCAAAGAAUGAAAAAGUAAUGGCUGUUCAUAUAAAACUUCUUCAUUUAGCUGAAGGUGUUAAACAUGAAUCAUGGGAAGAAGCUGUUGAACACGAUAUUGAACAUCGACGACCAUCACGAUCAGAUUCAAUUACAUUUACACAUGAAUCAAAUGAUCAUCCUGAACAUGUUCAACAUUCAGUUUCUCAUACGGAUUAA